AUGGCGGCCAUGGCGGCUAUGGCGGCGCCGCCGUCUGCGUACUGGUCUCACCUCAGCCCGCAGCCCAGCCGACGUGCCGUCGUCAAUGCCGCCGUUAGCUCGAGGCGCAGGGUAAAGCCGACGGUCCCCCUUACGCCUGCUGCCCCCACUCCCUUGGUUCCCAAGAGGAAGAAGGUGAAUCCCACUCUUUCCUCCCUUCCGCUUCUCUGUCCUUCCAGUUUCGGGGUGAAUUGCCCCGGAGGAUGACCUCCGUCAGGGUAGUGGUGCAGGUCCUGGUGCCGAUAGGAAUGGGCACCGAGGAGAUUGAAGCGGUCGUCCUCGUGGACGUGCUCCGGCGGGCUGGGGCUGAGGUGCUCGUGGCCUCGGUUGAGAUGGGGCUUGAAGUGGAGGGCUCCUCCGGUACGAAGCUGGUCGCCGACGCGCCCAUUGGGGACUGCUUCAGUGAGAUAUUUGAUCUCAUAGCUCUCCCGGUGAGCGAGCUGGCCUCUGGAGCACUAUGUCCUCUUCCACAUCUCCACCCGAUGCCAAAGCGAAUUGAGAUUUCUUCCGCUAGCGCUAUCGUUGCGUCUUUCUAUCUAUUUUCUUUUUUUGUCCAAUUCGAUAUAUCAAUUAACAGUAGUAGUAAAAAUAAAAGGAACGAACUGGAUUAAAUCAUAUCGACAAAAUUCUAUGUCACUGUAGAUUGGGGAUAUAUCAUUGUUCAUUUGCUUAGUUUUCCAACAUUUCGGGUUAGAAUCUCCAAAGAAGCAGAGGACCCAACAAUUGGAGCUACACAUUCUGCCUUUGAUAUAUUAGCUAAUUGAAAAAGAUGACAAACUGUGACUAACUAAGUAUCCAUGGACUUUGACGUCUAGAGCUAAUUAUGUUUCCAGGGAGCUGUAACUGCAGAAUGGCCUACAGAAAUGCUUGCACAAUUUGUCCUCCGAAUUUUUUGUCGUUCACUUUUGGAUCUUGAGUUUGUGUCUUGCUUGUUCUUAUGGUACUAGUCUUUCAUGGGUCAUUGAGAGUCACUUGAUCGAAGUUAAGGGCAUCCUUUCAUCUUCGCUCUGUUUCUCCUAUUUUUUGCUCUUCUAAGUUUAGAAUUGUUCGAUUAUUUCGGUUGCAAUUCUAACCGUCAUGCAGAGUCCAAAUACAAAUAUACACAAAUUCAAUUAUGUCCAAUUACACCCCCCCCCACUCUGGGUCAGACUUCUGUCUUAUGGUUUUCUUCCUGCUUAUCCUUUGACUAAAUCCCUUUUUUCUGAUCCAUAUCACCAUCAUCCUGGGUUGAGAUAUAUGCUACUUGAAAAUUCAUUUUAUUCUGCUGAAUAUUAGCAUUGGAUGUCUGGUCAGACACCUACCUUGUGUUUUUCUUCCUGAUUAUCCCUUGACUAAAUCUUUUUUUUCUUAUCCUAAUCUCCGUCACCCUCGUUGAGAUAUAUGCUACUUAAGAAAUCAUUUUAUUCUGCUAUACAUUAGCAUUGCCUGUUUGGUAUUAUCAAUCUCCCUAUUUCUAAUGACUAUCUUAUUUUUCUCAGUUAAAUUGAUGAAUGUUGACCUUAUCAUCCACCUAAAUCGUGUGAUUGAUUACAGGGAGGUAUGCCAGGUUCUGCCAGGCUGAGGGAUUGUGAAAUCCUUCAGAAGAUUACCUGCAAGCAGGCUGACGAAAAAAGACUCUAUGGUGCUAUUUGUGCUGCUCCAGCUGUUGUUUUGAAGCCUUGGGGUCUUUUAAGGAGGAAGCAGGUAGGUGUGCCAUCUGCUUUUUAUUUUGAGGCUACGGAAAAUUCUUAAUGGAUGAAAAUAUAUGGCCUUAUACGUGGGUUCCAUUAUCUUUUGCAAGACAACAGGACACCCUGCCUUUAUGGACAAGCUUCCAACUUUCUGGGCAGUUAAAUCAAACAUCCAAGUAUCAGGGGAGCUCACUACUAGCCGUGGUCCAGGGACAGCCUUUGAGUUUGCACUGUCACUUGUUGAGCAGUUGUUUGGAAGUAGUGUUUCGGAAGAACUAGGAGGAAACCUGGUAUUUUUUUCUGUGGAGUUUUAAGUUUUGAGUGACUCUUUCCCCUGCCAUUUUGCUUUUUUAUGAUGAGCAAAAAAUUCAUUAUCAUGAUCCUUAAUUUUGUCCCCAUUAAUGCACUUUUAUUCCCUCAUUGAUACAAAAAGAAAAAAACCCAAAAAGUUAAUAGCUCGAUGAAAAUUCCCAAGUAUAAAAACCCAAAAAGUUAAUCACCCAAAAACAUCAAAGCUUUGAAAUUAUGGAUAAAAUGGAAAAGUAUUGUUAGAGGCACCGUUUUCUUAAGGGUUUCUUUCUGAAGGGUUUUACUUAGAUAUGAUAGAUUAAAAUUGAUUUCUUUACCAUUCGAGAGACUAAAUCAAAAGCCUUCGCCCAGAGUUGUGCAUAAGUGAACUUUUUCAAGUGCAUGUCAUAUGUCAGUUGGCAAGCACGUUUAGCAGAGUUGGUAUUUGGAAACAUGUUUAGGUAGAAAACUAUCGUCUUCUUUUUUUUUUCUCUUUGCGUAUGUUUCCAUCCACUCUAGUGACUUCCAUGGUGGCCAUCUUUAAUCCUUCUGCAGUUUUAUGCUACCUUUUAAAUACAUUUUUAUAUCACGAACCUGAGAGAAGAUGCUCUAAAUUAUAUGUUGGUUAUUGCAUAAAAAUAUCAUCAUCUGUUGUGUGAAGUACUUUUUCAGUAGAAAAAAACGCUAACCUCCCUAUUCACUUGCAGUUGUUGAUGCAGAAUGCCAAUGACCAUCCAAAAAAGGAGGAAUUCAACACGUCCGAAUGGUCUUUUAAUCAAAAUCCUCGGGUAAGUUUUUUCUGCCUUGGCGAAAUCACCCCAUUUAACUAAUGAGUCUUGGAGAUUGACUCCUUCAUUGCGUCAUGACACCUUUACUUAUAAGCGACAAGAGUAGAAUGCCUAAAAUAGCCUCUUGGAUAAUGAGCGCCUUAUGUGCACAUGUAAUUGUUCCCAAGUUGAAUAAUUCGAUCAUCAGGCACUUGAAUGAAUGCAUAUUAGAGCUGAUGCAAUCUAAAUUUUAAUGCUACGAAAGUAAACUGAGAGGCAAUAAAAUCUUUUAUUUCUUUCAUGGUUUCCUGGCUGCUGAAAUCCUGUUCUUAUGACCUUAAAGCUUGCCCCCUUUUAUUGAUGGCUUUUGUAAAAGCCUGAUCGCUCCUAUUUUAAGUUUAAACGCAAUAUAUAUAUAUAUAUAUAUAUAUAAUUCUAUAUUUUUAUAUCUAUUAUUUUCCAACUGAUUAGUAGCUUUCAACAGGUGCUGGUUCCGGUCGCAAAUGGCUCAGAAGAGAUGGAAGUUGUAAUUCUCGUGGACAUUUUGCGGCGUGCGAAGGUGGAAGUCGUGGUCGCUUCAGUUGAAAGAUCUACAAAGAUUUUAGCCUCCCAAAAUACGACAAUAAUUGCUGAUAAGUCCAUCUCUGCUGCAGCUGAAUCAGUAUAUGAUUUGAUCAUUUUGCCAGUAAGACGAAACACCUCAUAAUUAUUUAUUUUUUCUUCCAGUAUGUUAUUUCUCAUAUCUGUUUAGCUCCAUAAACUUCGGUUUAGCCCAUGAUUGGCCCAUCAUUUCCAUAAACUUCCGAGAUCAUUCUAUGAAUAAAUCCCAUGAUUGGCCCAUCAUUUGUGGAUGCUCCAGCUGAGUGAUUAUCCAUGACACGCUGGCGGAUCAAUGGCACUAAUUUCCUCUUUUAAUACUGCCACCAAAAGAAAAAAAUGAUUCCAUAUAUGUGCUCGAAAUUUUCAGGGUGGAGCUGCUGGAGCAGAACGGCUUCAUAAAUCUAGGGUUCUGAGGAAAUUGCUCAAAGAGCAGAAGCUAGCAGGGAGGGUUUAUGGCGCAAUCUGCUCAUCCCCAGCCGUCCUCCAGAAGCAACGCUUGCUCACAGUACUGCGCCGCCAUCUCUGUCCUACAGUCGGAGAGUAUUUAUUUGGUAAUAUCUUAAAAAGGCCAAUAGCUUACAUGAAUUAUUCAUUUUAUUCCCAUACAGAACGAAAGAAUCGCGGCCCAUCCUUCAGUGAUCGACCAGCUGAAUGGCCAGGUGGUCGACGGAGCAGGUGUAAUAAUCGACGGGAAGGUGAUCACAAGCAGGGGCCUUGGGACUGUGAUGGAUUUCUCCCUGGCGAUUGUGAGCAAGCUCUUCGGCCAUGCAAGAGCCAGAAGCGUCGCCGAAGGGAUCGUCUACGAAUACCCAAGACAGUAA